CCGGCUCACAAAAGUCCCUUCUGUUCAGCUGGCGGAGGGGGAAGUCCCGGGCCGCCCGCCCUCCAGCCCGCCCGGCUCUGCCCGUCGCAGCCACCAGGAAACUUGCAUUCGGCGCCGGGAGAGGCCGGGCCGAGGCAGCUGGGGAACUGGGUGCUCCGAUCUCUGCUGUGGAUCCGGGAGACCGGAGCUGAGCCAGCGGCUACCUGCUCCUCCUCAAAAGCCGAGAUCGGUCCGUCCCCCGCACCCAGGACCGGGGCAGCGCUGGCGUCAGUGCCCAACGCAGCGGGCAGGGCAGGGGGCCGUGCCCACCGGCGGAGGGCAGGACCGGGGGCCGUGCCCGGCGACGGAGGGCAGGGCGGGGGGUGGUGUCCAGCGGCGAGGGGCAGGGUCUGGGGCUGUGCCCGGCUCAGGGGGCACAGCAGGUGCCUGCGCCCAAGGCGGAGAAUGCAGAUGCCCAGUCUGUGCCGCUGACCCUGCUCCGCCCGCCCCCCUCCCCGAUGACCCUAGAGGAGCCGCCCCCCAUUGGGGAGAUGGAGGAAGAGGGGCCCGUAGACCUGCGGACCCGGGGCAAGGCGGACACUACCACUAAUCAGGCCCAGCGCCGAGCGCCCCCGGAGGCCUCGCUGCCCCUGAGGAAAAGGCCCUACCGCAAUCCCGAGACCCCCACCCCAGCCCCUGCCGGAGAGAAAGCUCCUAGGAUGGAGGGAGGCAGUGCUGCUUCGGGGUUGGCGACCGAGGGGACCAUCUGGACGCCCAGUCCCGGCCUGAGCAUGGCACGACCCCCAGCUCUCUACUUACCAGGCUCCUUCCCAGCCCCAGCGCUGCCAUUCUACCCACCAGCUCUGACUGGAUCAUUGUCCCUGUUGGGCUUCCCACCGCACCCCUUCUCCCUGAUCUGCCCCCUGGAGUACCCGCUGGCUUCUGACAUCGCCAUGGCAACCCGGGCUGAUGAGGACGGAGAUACGCCUCUCCACAUCGCUGUGGUCCAGGGCAACCUCCCGGCCGUCCAGCGCCUCGUCGACCUGUUCCUGCAGGGGAGGCGGGACUUGGACGUCUACAAUCACCUGCGGCAGACCCCUCUGCACCUGGCCGUGAUCACCACGCUCCCCUCGGUGGUGCGGCUGCUGCUGUCGAGGGGCGCCAGCCCCAUGGCCUUGGACCGGCACGGCCAGACGGCGGCACACCUGGCUUGCGAGCACCGGAGCCCGAGCUGCCUGCGGGCCCUGCUGGAAGGGGCUGCGCCUGGGGCCGUGGGGCUGGAGGCCCGAAACUAUGAGGGUCUGACGCCUCUGCACGUGGCGGUGAACACAGAGGAUCCAGAAACCGUGCUGUACCUGCUGGAGAGGGGCGCGGACAUAGAUGCCGUGGACAUCAAAAGCGGCCGCUCCCCUUUAAUCCACGCUGUGGAGAAUAACAGCCUCAGCAUGGUGACUCUGCUGCUGCAGCACGGCGCCAACGUGAAUGCACAGAUGUACUCCGGCAGCUCAGCACUGCACUCGGCCUCAGGCCGGGGUCUCCUGCCACUCGUGCGGACCCUGGUGCGGAGCGGGGCAGACAGCGGCCUCAAGAACUGCCACAACGACACCCCCCUCAUGGUGGCCAGGAACCGUCGGGUCAUUGACAUCUUGAGGGGGAAAGCUGCUCGCCCUGCCCCCCCCGGCCCCCCCGAGGGGCUUUCCCCAGAGCAGAGCUGCCCCCAUUCCCCCGAGAGUGGCAGCCGCCUCAGUCCCAACGGUCCCCUCUCAACGUCUCCGUCGUCCUCGCCCCCACGCUCGCCCCUCGGUCCCCCCGACGGCCCCCCUGGCUCUUACCACCUCUACCUGCCCCGGUCCCCCUCCCCCCUGAGCCUGCUUCCCUUCGCCGGGGUCCGCUACCCCCCACUCCCUUCCCCUGCCCAAGAUGGGAGCUGAUGAGGGGCCCAGGGCGCCGAAAAGCUGUGAAGGCCUCGCCCCCCUCCCCGCCUGUCCUCCUCUUGGCUCAGGGGACUCCGUCUCCAUGCACAGAGGAGGGACGGGGUGGACUGUGAAGGCCUCGCCCCCCCCCUCCCCGCCUGUCCUCCCCUUGGCUCAGGGGACCCCGUCUCCCUGCACGGAGGAGGGACAUGGGCGGAGAUGCAGGGGGUUAUGGUCCAUGCAGGACGUGUGGGGGGUGGAGCCAGGUUUGGGGGGUAAUGAGAUGUAAAUUAUUCUGAAUUUCUAUGUCCUGGUUUUGUAAUAAAAUAUUUUUGUACUUUU